AUGGCAAAUAAUCAGGGACGAGAAAAGUCUCUUGAAGACGCCAAACACGAAGAAAAAGUGGGUUUUUACUUGCAAGGACACCGCCGAGAAACUGCAGGGAUUUGGGACCUAUCAGCAGAGCUCAUUGAUAUGGUUGCAAAUUACUUGGACGACCAGACUCUAUGUCGUUUUGCCGCAACGUCUAAACGGCAUUGGGAGAUGCUUCAGUCUACCUGUCACCAAAAUGCCCUCAAUGGGGAAGGUUUAAUCGAAGAAAAAAUGGCCGCACUGGAUCGAGGGGAUUUGAUUGACGUUCCUAUGCCAUUGUUUAAUAAAGCAGUGGCAAAUGGGAAUCUAUGUGCAGUUCGUAGUUUUCUUGCCCACAAAGUCAAUCCCAACUCCAGUUACAGAUAUCUCCCAGGUGCUAGAAUUUCCAUUUCUGCUCUGUAUCAGGCAAUGGAAUUGUGUAAUGCAAUCGAUAUGGCCGACUUGUUGUUGUCUUAUGGCGCAAAUCCAUCUCUGGGGAAUUUAUGGACAGACGAGCUUCAUCUGUACAGACCGUUCGAACCACUACGAAUACCAGUAUGGCAGGCAGCGAGAAAUGAGAAUAGCGAGCUUGUUUGUCUUCUGCUGAAAUAUGGCGCCAAGAUUGACCCUAGACAUGGGGUUCAUGAAUUUAUUAUGAAUUGCAAUGAGACGGUUGUGAGUCAUAUGAUAGACAAUGGCUUUGACCCUUUCGAGCCAUCCAACUCCGGCCGUGACUACAUGUAUUUCCACGAUGCAGCUGCAAACAAGAAUGGGCGGGGCGUUUUUGAUUUGAUGGCAUCUCUGAGUCUUAGCCGCCCUGGCCGCCUUGACCAUCUUGAACAAGAAAUAAAUCGCUGUGAUGGUAAUGGUAUGACACCACUUAUUAUGGCCAUAGAAAACGACCGGGAGGACACCGUAUUAGCCUUACUUGAGUAUGGUGCGCGCCCAAACAUUCUAGACCAAAGCUUUUGCCCUCUUACUCAGCAUCCAUUGACACGGGCGUGCAUUUACAACCUAGAAACUGCCGUAUCCGCACUGAUUCGAGCCGGAGCCAACAUCAACUUCCGCGAAAUAUAUUGUUUCCAUGCAAUUCAUUAUGCCGUCAAGGUAUCGGCUAGCAUGACCGAGAUAAUUUUGAAAGCUGGUGCAGAUGUCCGGUCGGUCACUGGGUAUGGAAACACCCCUCUGCACAUUGCUUGCAUGUCAGAAGACAGUACAUUUAAGGAGCAUUUCAUGCCAGAAGACAGUAACAAGUAUUCGAAAUUUAUGCGCAGGGAUGUGGACUUGAAGAUUGUGGAACUACUUUUGGCUUGGGGGGCUCCUGUCGACGCUAAAAACAAGACAGGCUUGACCCCAAUUGAUAUUGCGCGGGAUCACAGCGUUGUCGCCGCCUUGAAGAAAAGCCAGAGCGCAGGGUGA